AUGUAUAGAAAAUUUUUUAGUUCAUUUAAAAUAACUAAUUUAUUAACUUUAAAAUUUAAAUAACAUCAUAUUCUAGUGAACAAUAAAUAAAAACAGUUAUUACAACUGAUGAUAUUAAAGAGAUUUUUGGAAUAUUAAUAAAAAAUUAAGUGGGAAUGUCAGUUUUUUUUUCUUUUGAAGAACAAAAUUUGUUUUUUUCAUCCAAUAUUUUUUAGAUUUGAAUUUUUGAAAUUUUUAUAAAAUGUUAUAUUAUUUAAAUUCUUAAUGUAAAAUAGACAAUUAAGAAACUAUUAUUUAUAAAAUUACCAAGUUUUUAGAAUUCUCUAUUACAAAAGAUAAUUUAAUUAAUAAAUGGUUUUAAAUUGUGUUACAAGAAGGUUAUUUAUCCAAUUUUUUAUUAUCUAUUGA